CUUGCGCAUAACUUGUUAGCGCUGAGGUGGCUCAAGUCAGGGGUAUUGUAGCUAACGGGAAAUAUAUUGCUGAACUUACCGGGUACGUUUGAUCGCAUAUCUUCACCGCUACAAACCUACUUUGAUCAUGACCAAGCUGCUGGAGUGGUUGCUGGGUACUGCAGUGGUGGGGAUCGCUUGGGGGCUGCUGACCUUUGACCUGCUGGACCUAAAGCUGCCCCAGGUGUACCGAGAGGUGGUCUGGCCCAUGCCUGUGUAUUUCUUGGUGGCGUUUGGCUGUUACUCCCUGGCCACUGUGGGGUAUAGAGUGGCCACCUUCAAUGACUGCGAAGAGGCUGCUAAGGAACUACAGGCCCAGAUCCAAGAGGCCAAGUCGGAUCUUGUGAAAAAGGGACUGAAAUUCUAAUCCGAUGCUUGCUGUUCUGUACCUGGCCGGGACACGGUUUAAAAAGCUUGUCAAGAGGACGAACUGUGGGCCGCUCUGCACUGCUUGUACGGGAGCGAUUCUGUUGAUUUGAGUUCAGAACUGUGAAAUGAGUUGAGUCAUCUUUCUGUUCCUCAC